AUGGCCAGCCCGCUCCAGUUUGCGUACCGAACCCAGAAGGCCAUCGGCGUCUUUGACGCCGAUCCCGUCUAUCAGGCUCUUGCUGGCUUCGCCAAGCCUGAGGGCAACCUUCGGUGCUGUAUCUAUUCUCCCUGCGGACGUUACUUUGCUUGGGCGACCAACGAAGUGGUCUGCGUCGUCGAUGCCUCCAUCGGCUCUGUCCUGACGUCUCUCGUCAUCCCCAAUGUCUUUGAGCUGGGCUUCUCGCCGCGCGGGACCUAUCUCAGCACCUGGGAAAGGCCGGCCAAGGACGAGGCCGGCGAUGCCACCAAGAACUUCAAGGUCUGGCGCACCGUCGAGGACCUGCCAGAGGGCGCCGAGAAGCAACCCCAUGGCCAGUUCGUCCAGAAAUCGCAGUCGGGCUGGAACCUGCAGUACACCGAUGACGAGGCGUUCUGUGCCCGGCUCGUGACAAACGAGGUCCAGUUCUACGAGAGCGGUGACCUCAGGACGGUGUGGAACAAGCUGAGGGUCGAGGGAGUCACCAAUUUCGCCGUUGCCCCUGGACGAACACAUUCAGUUGCUGUCUUUGUCCCCGAGCGCAAGGGUCAACCCGCCGCAGUGAAGGUGUUCAACGUGCCUCAGUUCACCUCGCCCGUCUCGCAGAAGACCUUUUUCAAGGGUGAUAAAGUGCAGUUGAAGUGGAACGCGCAGGGUUCGAGCCUGAUCGUGCUGGCUCAGACCGAUGUCGACAAGUCCAACAAGAGUUACUACGGAGAGACGACGCUCUACCUGCUCAGUGCCAGCGGAGGCUUCGACGCCCGCGUCUCUCUCGACAAGGAGGGGCCCAUCCACGAUGUCUCGUGGUCGCCAAACUCGAGGGAGUUUGGUGUCAUCUAUGGCUACAUGCCGGCCAAGACGACCAUCUUCAACCACCGUGCGGUCGCCCAGCACUCGUUCCCUAUCGGGCCGCGCAACACCAUCAUCUUCUCGCCCACCGGACGUUUCGUGCUUGUCGCCGGCUUUGGUAACUUGGCCGGCCAGAUCGAUGUGUACGACUUGGAAAAGGACUACAAGAAGAUCUGCACUAUCGAAAGCGGCAACCCCAGUGUCUGCCAGUGGAGCCCCGACAGCCGCUACAUCAUGACCGCCACGACCUCGCCGCGCCUGCGCGUCGACAACGGCGUCAAGUUGUGGCAUGUCGGAGGCGGCAUCAUGUACAACGAGGAUAUGGUCGAGUUGUACAAUGUCCUCUGGCGACCCAUCCCGGCCGACCAGAUCAACAGUCAGGCCGACCCCAUGCACCCGGUGCCGACACCGCACAGCUCGGCCCUGGCGUAUCUCGGCACCAUCAAGACUCCCUCAAAGCCGGCCGGCGCUUAUCGUCCUCCCGGCGCUCGUGGUGCCCUCACGCCCCUCCACUUCAAGCGCGAGGACGAGGGUGGUGCCGCCCACGUGAUGAGCAACGGUCUGCCAAACAUUGGCCCCAACGGAUUCGGCCGGACACGUAGAGCGAUUCCCGGCGCCGAAUUCGCUGAGCCGGCCAGCGUACCAGGAGCAGCCUCGGCCGUCCCCGGCGCGGAGCCCGCCGAUGGCAAUGAGAACUUGUCCAAGGCGGCCCUCAAGAACAAGAAGAAGCGUGGCAACAAGAAGGCGAAGGACUCUGAAGGCAACGCCGGUGCGGGCGGUGACAACGGAGGCUUGGCACCCCCGCCGCGCGACUUUGGCAACGGCUCGGGCCACGAGGGGCGCAGCCCCGAGCGUCGUGGGCACCACCAUUCGCGAAGCCAGUCGCGCAAUAACAUGCACGGCGGCCGCAACCGGAGCAACACCCACCGGAACCGUGACCAUAGCCAGGCCCGCGGGCCUGGGCACCAGCACCAGCGUGACGGCGCCCAGGGAGCCCAGCCCCCGGCCGCCCAAGCUGGCGCCAACGUCAACGGCGACAAUGCGUCCUCGCUGGCGCAGAACCCCAACGCCAAGAAGAUGCGCAGUCUCCAAAAGAAGAUCCGGGCUAUCGAGGACCUCGAGAUGCGCCAUGCCGGUGGGGAGAAGCUCGAAGAUACUCAGAUCAAGAAGAUUGCCACCAAGUCCUCCGUACUCAAGGAGCUGGAGGCUCUCGAGAAGGAGCAGUCGUAA